AUGACGGUGCGUGCCGAGUUCAACUCUCCCUUCAAUGGCAUCGUCUUCUCGAAGGGCACCUACGGCCAGAGCAAGUGCGUGUACGUGAAGCCGCACUCCGGCCUGACCCACCUCACCUUCAACGUCCGCUACGACGAGUGCGGCACUAAGCCUGAUUUGCAAGGCAAAUACUUCGAGAACACCAUUGUCUUUCAGUACGGCAAUGACAUCAUCGACGUCCUGGACGAGGCAAAGCGCCUUCGCUGCGAGUGGUUCGAAGCCUACGAAAAGCCGGCCACCUUUCGACCUGCCAUACCGGUGGCUGAUUUAGACGUUAUCGAGAUGAACUUUCAAGGCGAUGAAAUAGACUGCUUCAUGUCUAUUCAAGAAGGCGGAAAAGGACCGUAUUCGAAUGAAAUUAACCGAAUCGUAACCGUCGGACAACCACUUUCGCUGGUAGUGGCCAUUAAUGACCAGAAAAACCAAUUCGAUAUGAAAGUAAAGUCCUGCUUUGCUCAUGACGGAGUCAAGUCGCCCAUUUACCUGGUUGAUGAAGACGGCUGCGUUUUGAGGCCAGGAAUGUUUUCGCAGUUUCAAAAGUUCCGCAGCCCGAAAGGCUCUGGAAAAGCCACUCUGGUGUCAUAUGCGUCCUUCUUGGCCUUCAAGUUUCCCGACUCUGUGGACGUGCAAAUUCAGUGUACCGUUGAAGUGUGUCGUCACGGGUGCAGCAACAACUGCGAAGCUGAUCGAUCUCGAGGAGCAAAGCAGCAGCAGCAGUCAAAGUCGAAACAACCAUCUGAUUUUGGUGGAACUAACCACUAUCAACUUGGCAAACCGAACUCUGUCUCUCACGAGAUGAAUCGAUUUCUAAUGGAAAACGCUGAUCUACUGGAGUCGGCCAGCUCUAAUGAGGCGGCAACAGUCACUGCUCCAGUGUACAUUGACAGUUUGUCAGGCGGCUCUGACUCCGACUCAAUGCUGACCAAUGCUGACAAACAAGUGCUUAGACACAACUCGACGGCUGGAAAACAGUCACAACUGAACAACAUUGCAGCAUUUGUGCACAACGUCGAGCAGCCAAAGACAACUGGUGAUCAGAAGCAGUUUGACAACAGCAAAAUUCAUGCCGAGUUUAAUGUGAUGAGCAAGCUGUCCAGCGGCGGAGCCAGAGGUCACCAGAACUCCAACCACGGCAAAUUACCGCCAAUGCGCGGAGGCAUGUCUGCGGCGCAGUCAAACCCGUUGGCGAUGUUCGCAAUGGCCACUGGACAGCGACCAGGACCCGGUUCUGGAGCUGGCUUACCACCUCGCUACCCAGCCGAGCCAGUGGCACAGGUGCUGAACAUUCCCCUCAGUCCAAUGUACAUGCCCGGUGUGAGGCCAUCAGCAGGUCACGCACCGCUGCCAUUUGCCGGCGGACAGGGAAUGCCGUCGCCGAAUAUGCUAAACAGCCAGCUCAACAGCUUGAGGCUGCUGAAGAGCAAAGGCCUCUCCAUUCCACAGCUCUUUUCGAACUACUUUGGAAAGAACCGCCGAGCGCAAUACGUGCCAAAUGAUAAUUUUGAGUUUGUGAGCAAGCUGACGGCGCCCGGAGUGGCCGGACAGCCGCAGCAGGUGUUUCGCACGCGACGUUUCGUUCGCGACACUCAGGGCGAGGUAGGCCUGAAGCGCGGCUUCCAAGUGGUCACCUCGUUGGAUCUCUCCUUCUCGCCGAACAUGUCAGCCGAUCAAAUGCCAGAGGUGUACGAGGGUAUCCCUGCGCCCAUCGUCUACGGCAUGUGCUUCUCAACGACCCACUUCAUGUACUUUGUGGCCGUUUCCCUACUCUUCCUCUUCUCCGGCAUCUCCUCCUGUGUAUAUAUCAUCGUCCGCCUCGAAAGAGCCAAAAAGGCCAACUAUCGCUAA